GAGUUUGGACCAACUCCUUGGAUUGACUUUGGACUAGUGAAUGUGGGCGGGCGCUAUUCUCGUGACCUGGCGGUGCACAAUUCAUCUUCUGUUCCAGCCACACUGACAAUAGAGAACAUCUCGCAUAACCGGGGCCUUGGUAUUGACGGUGUUGAGAGAUCGGCCUUGGAACACUUUCACCUGGAAGUGAGUGAGGGUGGAUCCACGACCAUCACACUGUCCUGGCAACCGGCCCAACUGGGAACCCUUCGAGAGAGCAUUGAAUGGAAGUGCAAUGGCACGUAUCGCUUAUAUACCGUGCUUAGCGCUGAGUGUAGUGGAGAGGUGGAUCGUUUCAGUCGAGCGGGACGUAGGCGAGACGGGUCUGGGAUGGGAGGGGUUAAGAGAAUACUGAGCCAGGCGGAUAUGGUGGGCGUCGAUGAGACUAGGCGAGCAAAGGAGAAGAGAAGACGGUACUUGGACACUCCCGAGUAUCUGCACUCCACAGAGCAAGACGAAGAGCUAUGGGGUGCAUUUGAGAGCGCACAAUUCACGAAUUGGCUGAAUUUCUAUCUGGCGCCGACAACCGGCAUGCCAGUAACACCAAAUUCUUCGCCCAAACGCCCCUCAGAGGGUUCGCACACACGUGCUUCUAACGGCCUUAUCUCGCCGCCGUAUCGAUCGUCGGGCCAAGCAGCACCGUACCGCGCACUCGAUCAGAUCCACGCGGAAUCCAAGCAAGUACGCGCACUGCAGGCAGUCGCCAGAACGGACAACUGGUACAAGCAAGCACGCAGCUGUAUCGGCACACUCUUGGCGAAUGCUACGAUGAUGCUCAGGCCCGACACGGCCUCGUGCUUUGAUGUGCACGCGCCUGUAGACGCGAUGUACACCACGACACACACACACCUGACGGGGGAGAUCGUGGAUAUGCUGUGUAGCGUGUAUACGAGUGAGUGGCUGUGCAGAGCGCUGCAGGUGGUGGUUGGGCGGCCGGUGCUGGCGGGGAAGUGUGUGUAUAAGCAAUUCCCUGCAAUCCUGAGCCGAUAUUUGAAAUUGUACGUUCAAUGCGUUUUUUGCAGACCGCACCAGACGCCAUGCAGAGCCCUUGGGAAGCUCCUACGCGUAAUCUUUCUGCUGGACAGGGCAGGCGCCAGUGGUAGGCGUGUACGCGGCCAGACCGCCACUGUUUUCAGAAAGAAGGGGCAAAUCAAGUCGACUACGGGUAUUCUGCGGCUGCUGGCGAACACACUUCUCUAUGGGCAAGGCGACAUUAUCCGCCAGAUCCGGAUACUCGGAGUGGAACCUACAUACACCCAGACACCACUAGACGAGUAUAGGUUUCUCGUAGAUAACACCCAUACACAACUGCGGGAUGGGGUCAGGAUUGCGCGUCUGUGUGAAGCGCUGUUUGGGUCAAAUGAUAUCCUUCAGCAGUGCCAGUAUCCUGCAGAUACCGAUGAAGAGAAAUGCGAGAACGUGACUAUAGCCCUUCAGGAGCUAUGCAAACACAUUCCUGGUUUGUUAAAUCUGCCGAAUUGCAGUGUCAUCUCUGCUAUGGAUAUAGUUAUGGGGUAA